CAUAUGAUGAAAGCUAUUUGCCUUCUACAUCCUGUAGGAUGGUGAGAACAUCUCAGUGAGGAAAGAAGGAGCAUUCAGUUCUUCCUCAGAAUUGCAGGUGGCUGUGGACAUUGUUCUUUCAAUAGCUGGAAGCCAAACCUUGGGAAAAGACCAGCCUUAUGGAUCCUUUGGAAACUGCCAACACUUUGAUGAGGGAGAGCACCAACCCACAGGAAGGGGAAGGAAGCAAGGAGCAGCACCCAAAAGUGAAAAGGUUCUGUUCAGUAAGAUAUGCCAUGGCCAUCAUGAUACAUCUCUGUAAUUUAGUGGUGUCUGCACAAAAUUUCAGUCUGAGCAUUGCCAUCAUUGCCAUGGUGAAACACCCAGGCCAGUCAAAUCAAUCCAAUGUUUCCACAGAGGGAUAUCCUGGUGCCACUACAGAUACAGGGGUGCCAGUAUAUGAGUGGAGCUCAGAAAUCCAGGGUUUCCUUCUCAGUGCUAUGAUCGGUGGCACACUGAUCACUACAAUGCCAAGUGGAUAUUUCGCUGGAGUUCUUGGAGGAAAGAAACUAUCUGGAUUAUCAUUGCUUAUCUGCUCAGUUCUCAGCAUCUUGAUACCAUUAGCAGCAGAUUAUGGACUGUCUUACUUGUUUCUCAUAAGGAUAGUACAAGGCAUGGCUCAGGGGAUAAUCUUUGGUGCUCUACCUUCAUUUUGGCCAAAAUGGGCUCCACCACUGGAACGUACUCAACUAAGUACUAUUGGUUUUUCUGGUUUAACAAUGGGAAAUUUCAUUAUUAUCCUUGUGGGUGGAUUCCUCUGUGAGUCUCCAGGCUGGCCAAGUAUGUUCUACAUAUCUGGAGGCAUUGGCUGUAUAUACUGUAUUAUCUGGUUUUCUCUGGUUUAUGAUGAUCCCAUGAAUCACCCAUUUAUAAAUGAGAGUGAAAAGGAAUAUAUUAUCUCUUCAGUGACUGGACAGGUUCCAGAUAAAGUGAAGCAACUUACCUCAAGUCACACAGCUAGUAAAGGACUGAGCUGUCUUGAGCCCAAGUCUCCUGACAAUUCUUCUAGUUGGUCUUUGCCCUUCAAAGCUAUGAUCAAGACAUUGGCAUUUUGGGCCAUCAUAGUCCCUAGCUUUUGUCGAUUCUGGUUAAUUAGUAACUUCACAAUAUCAUUGCCAUCGCUGUUAGAUAAUAUGUUUGAAUUAAACAUCAAAAGGACUGGGUUUCUGAGUGCACUGCCUCUAAUUUCUUCAUGGGUCAGUAUGACUCUAGGAAGUUACAUCGCUGAUUUCCUCCUGUCCAAGAAGAUUCUCAGACUCAUCAGAGUUCGGAAACUCUUCACAUUCCUGGGAAUGCUUCUCCCAUCUUUAUUCACUGUAGCUAUCCCAUAUGUCAACUCCAUUACAGCUAUAACCUUUCUGAUACUGGCAAAUUCAUUGAGCCACCUGUGUUACUCUGGAUUCAUGAUUAAUCCCCUAGACAUUGCUCCCAGAUAUGCUAGCUUUAUCAUGGGACUACAAACUGUUUUUAUGUCCAUUUCAGCACUGAUUUCUCCCAUUGUAACUGGAUACUUCAUCAAACAGGAUGCUGCAACAGGCUGGAAGAAUGUUUUCUUUCUCUCAUCUGCUAUUAAUCUGCUAGGAAUGGUUUUCUACCUCAUCUUUGGCCAGGCAGACAUCCAGGACUGGGCCAAAGAUCAUAGACUGACCCGCUUCUGAGUGCCCUUCAAUAAUAAGUUGAAAAUUGGUUCUGCCAAAAACACCCUUAAGGAAUUAGAGUGUCAUCCUUGACCUCUCAAUUCUCAGCCAACUUAUUCCAAUGUCAAACUUGUCUUUUUAGCAUGCACAACAUGUCUUGCAUGUGUUUCCUCUUCUCCAUUCACUUAGGCACCACUCUAGUUCAGGUUCUUAUUGCCUCUUGCUUAGUCCAUUGUAAUAAUCUUUUGCCUCAUCUCUUCUACACUCUAAUGCAUCCUCCACACAACUUACAAAAUGAUUUUGCCAAAGCACAGUUCCUCCCCUCUAAUGAACCAAUUCCACUACCUCCCAGUUGCCUCCUCUGUUUGAAAUGGAAAGCUUUUCUCAGCCUAGCAUUCCUAAUUUUUUGGUCUUCAUCCAUAUUAUCCCCCUCUUCAUGCAUUGCAUUCUAGACCUCCUGGUCUACCUUCUCAUUAUGUUGCACAUAUGACAUUCUCCAUCUCCAGUAUCCAUGACUGCACUCACUGUCCUUCAUACCUGGAAUGUGUUCUCUCUUCACCUCUGCCUCUUGGAAUCUCAGAUUUUCUUCAAGAUUCAGCUCAAGUGCCAUGAAUCUUUUCCUGGUUCCUUCCCUAUCUACUAGGGGGACACCCCUCCAAAAGAUACCAAUAAAGUAAUAAUUUUGUUUUCAGGAAAUUUAAGUUAUUCUGUAUCAUUUAAUAAUGAAUUUUUUUCUGUAAUUGACCUUAUCCUAUAUUGCUGACUCACUUUGAAUAAAUGCUCGAGCCACAAUUCUCCAUGCCUGAGUUAAGCUCAGGAAUGCAGUUUUCUCUCUGAGUCGGUUUAAAGGUAUAUUUCAAAGGCAAUAUUGUUAUCCUUCGGACUGUUAACCCCUAGAACAUCUGCUAGUUGUCAGUAAGGUCCAACCAGCUUAACCUAGUACCAUUCCGAAAAAGAUAUGUCUAUACCUCUACCUGCAUUUAGAGAUUUGAUCUCUUCCAAUGAGAUGGCAAAGCUAGUAGACCUGAUCCCUUAGCAAAAAUCACAAGAGGCAAAUAAGUCCCAUAAAGCAAUCAACAUUCCAUGAUUGUCAGAGAGAGGACUUAAGGCUAACAUGCUUUUCUUACUAUAGCCAAAUGUAAUCUCCCCCAACUCACCUGAUCCCCUCUUUUCCUGUGGGUCAAUAAUGUCUCCCCCUUCUCUUUGGGGUACCUGGCCUUCUUGAGGUAGUGAGCCUGACUCACUUUGUUAACAGUUACACUUAUCACUGUUAAUAAAUUGGUUUUGCUCAGAGUAUGCAAGUCAGUUUUCAA